GUCUAACGAUUAGGGACAUUGUAUUCUGUGGCCGUUCAUGUUACAAUGCAUCUGUAGUUCUAAACAUAGCACAUAAACAGACAAAUCGUUUUUAUGGAGUUUUCACAAAUCCUAGCAUUUUAUGGUGUGAAAACCGUUCCGUUCCAAAACUCGCCAAAGCUUAAAGGACAUUCAAAUAAUCUUCUCUUUUCAUUGCCCACUGUUCAAUUCAGCUAGAUACAUUCUUUGAAGUAAACUUCGCUCGCACCUUGGAUAUGUCACAAAUCUUUCUGAAAUACACUGUACAUAUACCAAAACUCCUAAAAGGCAGAACAUUUCCCUUUUCAUAUCUGUUUGUGUAAAAUUCGGAGAGACAACAUGGAGCCAGAAUUAUCCCGACUGUCAACAGUCAUCCAACAUGAAAAACAAAGGAUGUCGCAAGGUGCCCGCCAGUCGGUCAUUCUACAGCAGCCCCUGGGUUUAGGCUCUUCCCUCGUGGGGUCGUCCUCCACCGACGCCCUGACCGACAUGCAGAAGAGGAGACAGUCCGUCCGCUCCCUGAGAAGGAAGUCCAUUAACCCACGACUAGACCCACCCCCCGGGCUGGAGGGACUGACCGGCAAAGGAUUCGUUUAUGUCCGACAGCAGAUGGAGACUGAUUUAAGAGGAGGAUGCGGGUCAGCAAAUACGUACAAGAUCUGGAACGAGAAAGAGGAGGAAUUGUUCUAUGUUCUAGAGGAUACCAGUUGUAUUUGUCGAUGGUUCUGUGGUCCACACCGCCAGUUUCAGCUGGAAUUCUUCACACCCCAGGACGACCUCGUUUUCACUCUGUUCCGGAAGUCCUGCCGCUGUGAUUGGUGUUGCUGCCUGGAUUGUGUUUUGUGUAACCACAAAGUUUACGUUGUUGACUGUCUUAACCGGACUCUGGGGUCUAUUAAACAGAAAUUUGGAGUAUGUCAAGGAAAUUUUGAAGUUUUGGACAACGAUGGUGAAAUCGUGGCCAAGAUCUUUGGACCAUGCUGUAUCUUCAGAUGCUGCACAGAGAUAACCUUCGAGAUCUGGGACAAAAUUGGGGAGGAAAAACUGGGCUCCGUCAACAAGAAAUGGGAAGGUGAACAGGACACCGGAAUCAAUGUGGACCACGAGUACUUCGAUAUCAACUUUCCAGAAAAAAUGGAUCCCAUUGAGAAAAUGCUGAUAAUUGGCGGUGCUUUCCUUAUAGAUUACAUGUACUUUGAAAUGUCAUGAACGGAUUCCUCUUUGGAUUUCUAUAUUCUAGUGAUAUUUCGUGCUGCAUGUUUAGUGUUUAAUGUGAGAGAGAGAGAGAGAGAGAGAGAGAGAGAGAUUU